GGAUACAAGGCUGUUAGUCCAGACGUUGGCAUCAAUCGCAGGUGUGAGGUCUGUCCAAACCCUCUUACUCCAUCUCUAACGGAAAAUACUUUUUAUCUCUCAUCGAAUCCUUCCUUAUAUAUUACAGAGAGCAAGCUAGCUAGCCAGGGAUCUUCUACCUAGCCUGCUAUUGCUAUAUAUCUCUCUCCAGGCCCUCUGAUCUUGUGAUUGCUCUUGCUUCCUCUCUAAUUAACUAUCGAAUCUCAAUUAUCUUUUCCAUUCGAUCAACUGAUCGAAGCUGUUGAAGAGGUUGAGGUUAUCUGAUACCAACAGUAGCGAAUUAAUUCGCUAUAGCUAGUUAGGCAGCUUAAUCUACAACUGCGGAUCUCCAUCUCUCGAUCGAUCAGUGAUUUGUUCGAUCCAUCGGUGACUUGGUAGUUUUAUGUAGUUAGUUUAGAGGUAGCGUGAUCGAUUGAUUCUAUCAAUAGCGAGAAAGAAUAUAUACAAGAUGUGCAGUAGUACAAGAGGGCACUGGAGGCCAGCUGAAGAUGAGAAGCUUAGGGAGUUGGUGGAACGAUAUGGACCUCAUAACUGGAACGCGAUUGCAGAAAAGCUCCAAGGAAGAUCAGGAAAGAGCUGUAGGUUAAGAUGGUUCAACCAGUUGGACCCGAGAAUCAACAGAAACCCUUUUAGUGAAGAGGAAGAAGAGCGUCUUUUAGCUUCUCAUCGCAUCCAUGGAAAUAGAUGGGCUGUUAUUGCAAGGCUUUUUCCCGGACGCACCGACAACGCAGUCAAGAACCAUUGGCAUGUCAUUAUGGCUCGCAGAUGCAGAGAGAGGUCUAGGCUUCACCAUCAUCUUCACGCAAAACGGAUGAGUACGGCUACUGCAAAUACCACCCCUCAUCAUCGAGCCACUUAUCAUAAUGACUUACAAAAUUCCUCUUCAAAUUAUAAACAAGACUUGCGGACGAUCCUCAAUUGUCAGCACGAGACCAUGAAUGACAGUUCUUACAUUGGGGAAUACGGCGGUGCUACCGCAAGAAAUUUUCAGUAUUAUCCUGCUGCUUUUGCUCAUAAAGCUACUAUAGCUCCUGUAAUUCCAAACAAAGAUCAGUUUUAUCCCAAUACCAUGCACCAAGAUAAAAAUCAUGAGCCAAUUGAGUUUUAUGAUUUUCUCCAAGUAAACACCGAGUCUAAUAGAAGUGAAGUGACAGACAUUAAUUCAAGAAAGGAUGAAGAGGAAGUUGAUCAGCUGGAAGCUAUCAGACAUGAGCAGACAAAGGUCGUUGGUGCUCCUUUUAUAGAUUUCUUCUCUGGCGGAAGUGUCACUAGUUAAAAGCUACAUUGGUACGUAUCUGGAUCUCGAUCAUGAUCGAUAUGAUGAAGAUGAUGAAGAACAUCUCCAUAUCGAUGAGUACGUGUAAAACUGUCACUUACAUGCAUAAAUUAAGCCUAACUAUGUGUAACUAGUUCCAUCAUACCAGAUGUAUGUACGUAACUGAAUGCCACGGUGCACAUAAAUCAUAUUUAAGGAGAGAUAUGUAGCAUCUAAUUAAUUAGACAUGCACGCAUGCGGAAGUGUACUUAGU